AUGAUCGAGGAGCUCGUACACGACCUGACGCCAGGACAGGCGGUCCUGUACUUCAUCGGCGCAUUCUUCUUCGCCUGCCUGGCGCGGAAGAUCCAGGUGCAAUGGCAACUUUCGCGACUGGGCUCAAGGGCUCCCAAAAUCCAAUUCAGGCUUCCAUAUGCUAUGGACUUCAUUCACAAGUCCAUGGAGGCCAACAAGACUGACCGAGACCUCGAAUUCUGGAUGACCGCGAUGAAACAAGCCCGUGGUGCACCUUUGGUGGAAGAUAAGAAAACGGCAGAGUUGGAUGCUGGAGUAUCGACUCGUCUCAUACUCACUCGGGACCCGGAAAACAUCAAGGCCUUGCUCACUGGGCAGUUCUCUGAUUAUGGCAAGGGUGAAUCUUUCCACCGCGAUUGGCGUGAGUUUCUUGGGGAUAGCAUCUUCGUGACCGACGGCGAGCAGUGGUCUGCCUCGCGACACCUUAUCCGACCCAUGUUUGUGCGAGAUCGUCUUGUGGAUACAGAGAUCUUUGAGAAGCACGUUCAGCAUCUCAUUCCAUUGCUGGCUGGAGAUAAUGGGAGUAAGGUUGUCGAUGUCACGUCUCUUUUCUUCCGUUACACAUUGGACGCUGCCACCGACUACCUCCUUGGGAAUGGAACCGAUAGCUUGCAGAACCCGGAGACAGAGUUUGCUGAGGCUUUCCGCUACGUGCAGCGCCGUCAGUCACAAUACUUCCGACUAGGUGUUUUCAAAUUCAUUCUCUCGCGCACGGAAUUCCGCCGCCAACUGAAAGUCAUGGACGAUUUCAUGAAGCCAUACAUUGACCGUGUCCUCGCCAUGUCCCCCGCUGAAUUGGACCAAAAGCUCUCUAAGAAUGAUACGUUCCUCCACGCGCUCGCCCGGUUCACCCGAGACCGCCGCGUCCUCCGCGAUCAGCUCGUCGCCAUCCUCCUGGCCGGCCGCGACACAACAGCCGCAACCCUCUCCUUCUGCCUCUUCGAACUAGGCCGCAACCCCGAAGUGGUCGCCAAACUCCGCGAGGAGAUCGCUUCUCGCCUAGGCCUCGGCGCCUCAGCGCGCAAACCCUCCUACGCAGACCUCAAGGAAAUGAAGUACCUCAACGCUGUUCUCAACGAGUCCAUGCGCCUCUACCCCGUCGUCCCAUUCAACGUGCGCUUCUCACUUAAAGACACGACCCUCCCACGCGGUGGCGGCGCCGACGGAAUGUCCCCUGUGGCCGUCAAAGCCGGAUCCCGAGUCAUCUACUCCACAAUGAUCAUGCAACGAAGCCCAGACAACUACGACUCCCCAGGUUCACCCAACUACUUCGAUCCUGCGAAAUGGGUCCCCGAGCGCUGGUUGUCCGGGUGGCAGCCCAAGCCGUGGCACUUCAUCCCGUUCAACGGCGGCCCGCGGAUCUGUAUCGGGCAGCAGUUUGCGUCUAUUGAGAUGGGAUACACGGUUGUGAGGAUUCUACAGGCGUUUGAGCGGAUUCAGGCGGUGCCUGAGAUGGGGAAGAGCGUGGUUGAGGAUCCGAAGCUGAGGUUUGAGGUUACCCUUACGCCGGCUUCGCAGUUGAACUGUGUUUUUGUGAGGGAGGGUGAGGGUAAUGAGAAAGCGGCUGCUUAG